AUGUUUAAGUUUCUAGGUUAUCUAACUUUACCAGUUGAAGACAAAGUAACCUCUCACACUGCUGAUCAACCUCAGGUUUUGAAUGAAAGUCAGUUUAUCUAUUGCCCAAAUAAUUCUUCUCCUUUAUCCGAGUAUAACACUUGAAUUUGUUUUCAUAACGUAUUAAAUAGCCUUUACAUUUGAUUUGCACUUGUUCCGUCUUUAAUUCUUGCGAAGCGAGUUUAAAAUCUCGUUGCGCACGAAGUGCGUGUACCGUGCGUGGUCUUAGCCAGCUGCAACCCCAUCUUUCUAUCUAUCGUUCUUUAUGCUAGGUGUCCGGCAACGACGUCAUGUAGCGUUACGUCAUGAAGCAUUUUUUGUUUCCAGGCAAAAUAGACUUUGCCGCCGUGUGUUUUUCAAUCGUCUGUGAAACAACGUUUACGAUCGGUGAAUAACGAGCAAUUUUCCAUGCAAAUUGACACAGAAAAGCAAGCACAACAAGUGGCUGGAAAUCCUCGCCGGCGAAGAUUUUCCACUGAAACUCCUCUGGAGAACGCCGGCCAAAAUUCAUCGCAAGCGGAUCGAAGAAGACAAACGCGAAGCAGAGAGAACAUCGCUUAGCAUAGCGAAGGCAACGUCGUCAACACAGCGACCACAAACAUGUACAGAGGCAUCGGCAAAAUACUACAUUAUUACACUGCAAGCCAGACUGACUGCAAGCGAAACCGAUGAAGAGAGAAAACACCGACUUCAGACGCUUCGAAAAGCGACGAGGAGAUCAGGCAACGUUUGAAGUUUACAGUCAAAAUUAUAUUGAGCAUAAUUUCUAAACUCUUCAUGAUAAAAUAAAGCUUACUGUAAAACCCAUUGUUGCUUAUGGUGUAAAAGAACAGUUUAGAAAUUAUGCUGGUGCGUCAUGGUCAUCGGCAGCAAAGUCUAAUUAGAAAAUGUUCCUCUCGUCUCUACUUUUUACGUCAACUCAAGAGAUCCGGAGUGGCACCAAGUGAACUGGUGCAAUUCUAUGUGACAUGUAUUAGGCCCGUCCUGGAAUACGCAAGUCCUGUAUUCCAUCGUUCUCUACCAAACUACAUCAGUGAAGAUUUGGAACGGAUCCAAAGAAGGGCAUUCAGAAUCAUCUAUCCUGACCUGUCAUAUAGUGUAGCACUAGAAACGUUUGGCCUACCGAAACUUCAUGAGAGGAGAGAAAAGAUUUCAAUCGAUCUGUUUGACGAGAUCGUCUGUAACCCCACCCACAGUCUCCAUAGCCUCCUCCCCCAAAGGAAGAGUUGUAAAUAUGCACUGAGACGCAAAAGUGAUUUCACUCUCCCCCUAUGUAAAACCGAGCGUUUGAAGAAAAGUUUUAUUUUUAGCCAUGUCUAUAAGAUGUAGAUAAUUUUCUUAUUUUCUCUUUGUUAUCAUCAGUAUUUGUAAAUAUCCCGUAAUUCAGCCUAUGGCUGCAAUGGUGUUUAUAAUAAAGUAUCUAUCUAUCUAUCUAUCUAUCUGGAAACAAACAAUGCUCCAUGACGUAACGCUACAUGACGUCAUUGACGGGCACCAAGCAUAUAUCCAUAGCCAAUUUUGAAGCUGGCUAAGACCACGCGCGGCGAGAUUAUAAACCCGCUUCGCGAGAAUUAUUUUUCUUACCGUUAAUCUUUAUCCUCGCUUCCUUAAAGGGGCAGAUGGUUUCUUAUGUUUUUAUUUUUUCUUAUUUUUAGAAGAAAAGACAGAAGGAAGUUCGGGGCAAACGCCUGAUAAAUUCAGUGUUAGUUAUCUCGAUGUGCUGGAGACGUAACGAGAAGCGCUUAGAAAGGAGGGCGAAUGCAGCCGUGAAAAUUCAGUCAGGUAAAACUACUACGUUGGACCCCCGCAAUACUACUUGUAUUAGCUCGUUAUUGCGCCCACUGAGUUUUUCUGCCCAAACAAGAGUCCAGUAAAUUUGUUUUGAAAACAGCCCCGUUCACCACCCAACUAUUUUUGACCAAUGACCACCUUUUGGGGUCUUCAUUUGUCAUUUUCUCGAAACUUUAGGCAGAUUUAACGCUGAGUUAAUGCCAUGUCAAAAGGUACUGAAGAUGACUUGUGGUCAACAUAAUUUGCUGCUCUUCCGGUCCAUUGUUGAAGCCGGUUUUUAGAUGUACCCAAACCGCCGUCCCUGUCCUUGGGGUGUUUUUGCUAAAUCUGCUGUUUUUGAUCGUUUACAUUCUUUCUCAUCCUCAUAGCCACUAGGCUUAAUUUCAAGACCACGUGACCAAAAGAAACCGCCGUAAGCCCAGAUAAAAGCGAUUAUAAGGUCUUUCCACUUAGCUCCACUUUCCGAUGACCUUUAUUUAAAAAAUCCCUUGACUGGAAAAGUAACAUAUUUUCUUCUGAAAUGCCCUUGCAUUGAAAGAAAGAUCAAUUAGGCCAUAAAGUUUAGGGCUUUCCACAAGUUGCUCGAGAUUUCUCAAAACGGUUCCCGUAAUUUCUUAAACUCUGAGUUGCUUAAAAGUUACUCAAAAAAAGUCAAAAGUUGCUUUUUGAGACGAAAGUUGCCAAAAAGCUGCUCGAAAAAAAAAAAUUUUGUUAUCCUCUUCCUUUAUUUGAUCAGAAGCAAAAAUAUACAAAUUGUAAAAAAUAAAGAAUGUCUAAGCAUUUUUGUACAAUUUUGGGGCGUUGCUAAAUAACUUUGUCUUCAAUUAAAACCAAAAAAAUUAGGAGUAAAGACUACGCAUCAAUAACAGAGCCCAUUGCCUCAAAGUCAUGGGCUUUUGUCGAUAUCAAAAUUAAUCUUGUAAAAAUUCUAGUAUGAGCCAAUAAAAUUGUUGAAUGACCUGCUUCGUCCGCCAUUUUCAAUUUUCUUUUAAAAACCGCUGACCUGGCAGCCGGGCUACAUGCAUCUUGCGCUCAUGAUCUGCCCCAGGGAGGAGGAUCUGGCUCCUUUUUAACAGGAAAUUCAUUAAUUGUCUACUAAAACAUUGUGAAAUGUAUACUAAGGCCAAUUUAAGCAUUAAAGGCUGUUCCGAUAUCUAAGAAUUGCGAGAAAACUAGAGAAAUUGCUUAGAAUGCAAACUGAGUUGCUCGAAAUAAGAGAAGUUGCCAAAAAGUUGCCGGGCAACUUGUGGAAAGCCCUAAUAAUGGUGAAGAUCAAACGCCCUCCACUUAACAGGGACGAGGGGCUACAGCUAACAGUCAUCUACAUUGUCCCACUCUCGUCUUCCUCUCGUCAAGGACAGUUAAAAGGUUUUGCAACCACGCAUAAUCAUCGUAAGCCCGAGUGCUUUAACGGAAAUACUGUCGAGGAAAAUUUGUUACGUUUUCACUCAAUAUCAUUAUUUUUUUAUAUUAAAUGCGAUAAAUUUCAGGGUUUGAAAGAACGCAAAUUUAUUUUUAGCGACGUUUUCACUGCCGCCGCCGUCGUCAUUGCUUGUUACAGAUCUUGUAGCGACUGACUAAUCUUCGUGUCAUUGAUUUGUCAAUAAACCAAUAACAAAACUCAGUCGCCUUCAUAAAUUUAACAUUUAACUUAAUGUUUUAAUUAAUCAUUCAACAAACAGCUUCACCGUAAUCCUUUCGUUUUAGUGUGGCGAGGAUGGAAUGCUAACAGAAAUUUCAAGAGGGUUUUAAAAGCCGUUAAAGUCAUUCAACACCACACGAGAAAAUAUCUGGUAUGUAAGGGUAACACUUUAUUGUUGUCUUUUAGUUACUGUUAGUUCAUGAUAGUAACUGUUAGUUCCUCCGCCCGAAACGUCGAACCCCAGCGGCGAAGAGCGAGGAGAAACGGAUGUUUUCGCAGGCUAAGUGAUGCCUUAAGUGGCCUUAGUUAUACACCUAUUUGAAAAAAGGUUGUCGGAGAGAACGGCGAAUGGAAUUGUCGAACGGAAAUUGUACGACCGUAAGGAACUGUGGGUUUGAUAAUCAACUAUCUAAGCUAGUCAAUGAUGCCAGCUCCAUUUAGUGAAGAACUUCGAUGGCGUGUUAUAUGGUUUGUCCAUGUUCUUCAGCAUUCAGUGCUGAGGCUUUAUUUUUCUUGGGCGUUUCUGAAAGAACGGUUGAGCACUAUAUUUUUAAAUUUUCUUGUGACUGGCGAUGCAAAGUCGGAGACAAUAGGCCGUUCAUACGAGGAAACCAGGAACCUCUUUCAAUUGAGAAAACCGUGAGUUUCUUUUGUCUUUGGAGUCAAACAAACGUUCAUAGUUGGUGUAUUCAUUUCCACGUAAGGUGAACGCAACUAAUGAAAUUUUGCAUAUCCACAAAUCAAAUAGCGUAACCACAGUUCCUUUCGGUCGUGCAACCUCCGUUCGACAUUCGCCAUUAGGGAGCUUAAGCAAAGACGUUUUUGAGCGACGCACGUCAACCGGAAGUGAGCCAUUCUCCCUUUUUAUAUGCCUUGACGCUAACAAAUGUGUAUUGCUAAGUUUCUUUUCUCUUAUGAGGAGGAUUUAUCCGAGAGUUUCAAACAAACCACUGCCCAAUAAUGCAAAAGGUCCACUUCCGGUUGACGUCCGUCGCUCAACAACGCUGUUGCUUAAGCUCCCUAUUCUCUCCAACAACCUGCAUUGAAAUAGCUGUAUACUGAGAUGAUAGAGUCUAGAGUAAGAAAUUGAACUGGUCUCAUUCCAUAGAUAAUUUACCAUUUGAAAACGAUACACCCUUUGAGAGUAGGUAGGCGUUUACUUUUUUUUCAAUUAUGAGAUCCUACAUUGCCUUUAGAUAUCCCAUAAUAGUAAGACCGAACCUGACGCCAAGGUCUGAAUUUCAUGAAAACUUAAACGAGGUCUUAGGAAGUUAUUUAAAAUUUGAGUUUCUCGCCCGUGAUUUUGCUGUUACUAAAUUCAAAGGAUCAUCUAUUGAAUAAGGCAUGAAUGGUGGUAAUCAUUACCAUGGGUGCCAGAGACUUUUCAUGAGCAAGUUUCCGCUUUCGGUCAAGUCUUUAUCAAAAAUCCAGGGAGAAUGAGCUCAUUAACUCUUGUGUUUAUAUAUUAUUGUUCUUACCGUGAAUCUCUAUCCUCGCUUUCAUAAAGGAGCGGAUGGUUUCUUAUGUUUUUUUUUUUUUUUUUUUUUCAUUUUUUGGGAAGAAAAGACAGGAGGAAGCUCGGAACGAACGCCUGAUAAAUUCAGUGAUACUUAUCCAGAGGUGUUGGAGACGUCACCAAAGAAGGAGGGAAAAUGCAGCUGUGAAAAUUCAGUCUGGUAAAACUACUACGGUGGAAGCCUGCCAUACUACAUGUAUUAGCUUGUUAUUACGCACACUCAGUUUUUCUACCCAAACAAGAGUCAAGUAAAUUUGUUUUGAAAACAACCCCGUUCGCCACCCCGUUAUUUUCGACCAAUUACCACCUUUUGGGAGCUUCAGUUGUCAUUUUCUUGAAAAUUUUAGGCAGAUUUAGCAAAGUCAAUGCCAUGUCAAACGGUUCUGAAGAUGACUUGUGGUAGGCUUAAUUUGCUGCUCUUCCGAUCCACUGUUCAAGCCUGUUUUUAGAUGUACCCGCACCGUCGUCCCUGUCGUUGUGCUGUUUUUGCUAAUAUCUGCCUUUUUUGGUCAUUUACAUUCUUUCUCAUCCUCAUAGCCACUCGGCUUAAUUUCAAGACCACGUGACCAAAAGAAACCACAGCAAGCCCAGAUAAAAGCGAUAAAAGGUCUUUCCACCACGCAUAAUCGUCGUAAGCCCGAGUGCUUUAACGGAAAUAUUGUCGAUGAAAUUUGUUACGUUUUUCAUGCAAUAUCUUUUUUUUCAAAUUAAAAGCGAUAAAUUUUGAAAGAAGGCAAAUUUAUUUCUAGCGACGUCUUCACUGCCGUCGUCUUUGUUGUUUGUUACAGACCUUACAGAGACUGAUUAAUCUUGUUGUCAUUGAUUUGUCAAUGAACCAAUAACAGAACUCUACAGUCGCCUUUAUAAAUUUAACGUUAAUGUUUUGAUUGAUCGUGAUCAUUCAACAAACAGCUUUACCGUAAUCCUUUCGUUUUAGUGUGGCGAGGAUGGAAAGCUAACAGAAAUUUCAAGAGGGUUUUAA